ACAGGGACAAUCUAUAAGAAAAUAAAACAAAAAUGAUUCCAAGACCUUCCCCAAAAUAUUGUUAGUCAGUGUUUAGUGAUAGUUUAUAGUUACGUUGUGAUUCUUCUUCUCGAAUCAUGGGCGCUUCAGAAUCUACUUUCUCAAAUGUACAGACGACGGAUGACAAAAUCACCACCGUAACGGAACGAUUGGAAACUUCUGAUCCCAUUUUAGAGCGCCUUAAAUCCCUCAAAAUUACGCCGCCGGUAUUGACUAAUCCUCCCACGGAGGGUAGUUUGACGGAUAUUUUAGUGAGGAGGCCUUCGACGUCGCAGGCUUCAGCUACAGUGAAUCCCAAGGUUUUACUUGAGCUCUUCUCAAUGUACCGUGAUUGGCAAGAAGAAAGGGUCGAAGAGAUAAGCAAAAAACAGGAGGAUAUAGAAAACAGAAUAGAAGUUGCUGAUGCUUUGGCAGUCAAACUUCUUCAGCGAUAUAAUCACUCAACGUCCACAAUGAAGAGUGCUUCACGGCAUCUAUCAGGAGUUAAUUCGUUGCAGGUAGAAAUUGGAGAGCUCAAAGGAAGGUUGACAGAAGUUAUCAGUAAUUGUGAUGCUUUGUGCAAGAGGAUUGAAGCAGAGGGCCCGGAAUCCCUCCGAUCAUCUAUCAAACCUUUUGCAAUUGCUAAGGCUGACCAAGAAAUUUGUUCAAGUUCAACUAGCUUGCAAACAGUUAAAAAAACAAGUCCACCUGGAGAGUAGUAUUUGGACUAACAGGUCUGAUUAUUGCUCACAUUUUCAGAAGCUUCUAAAGCUUUUGCAUCACAAUCAUGUGAUUGGCUAAUUUUUUAUGGGCCAUGCUUUGGAUGGAAUGCGUGAAUCUUUUCAUUAAUUGAGAUCUAACUCAUGGCAACCUUACAAAAAUGGGGCCACGUUACAUUGCUUGUAUAUUAGGGAGCUUUGAUACCCAUCAUCACCGACACCAAAAGUUUGGACUUGCUAAUUGGAUGCCAAAAAUUGAAAGAACGUCAUAACACAACACUAGUAUCAGAUGUGAAUCUAUCAUUUAAUUGUUUCGUUGUUUUUUAAGUUUUUGGUUUUGGGAUGUUCCCACUAUAGCUUACAUGAUCAUGUAAUUGUGCAACAUUUUGUUGUUCUCAUCAACAGUGCUAUUUAAACAAAUAAAGAUUGUUUUUAUCAAUGAAUCUAAA